CGAAUUGAAAGUGAAUCUAGUUCAAGUUUUAUAUCAAUAGACAAAAAAAAAAUUAGACAUUAUUAGACACCAGUUUUAAAACUUUCGUAAUAACCUGGAGUUGGGCAUGUGCGCAUGCGUCAUCUCUUCAGUCCAGAUAUCACGUUGGUUUCGAGGGCUUGGAAGAUGCAUUAAUUGUUGAUCGGAACGGCUCUGUCGCUAAAGAUCUCAGUUAAAUUCGUUGUUCUUUUACUUACUACUUUUAUUUUUAGAUAUGACAUUAUUUUUUGAAGCAGGCUUGGUUGUUUUGGACUUCCGUGUUUAAUGCACUAAAUGGCCAAACUUUAUGGACUUCUGCACUCUACUAUACUGCUGACCCUAAUAUUGUUGACAUAUGGGCUACUUACCCUGGCACAUGAAGCCUUUUCAACCUCAGGAGAAAUAAAGGGUUCAAAACCCUCAUACAGAAAUUUGAAAUCUCAAAUCAAUGUAAGCAAUACUUCACAUCCCAGGGAUAAAUACUCUGAUCGGUGUGGUUUACCUGUGGAGAGCCGUAUUGACUGUGCUCGUGAUAGAUCUUUAAGUCAGGAUGCCUGUGAGAACAGAGGAUGCUGUUAUGUGCCCCUACCGCAGUCUGGUUUUGGUGGGCCACCGUGGUGUUUCUACCCAGCUUCUUUCCCAGGCUACAAAAUGGGGGCCCUGGUACCUACUGAGAGGGGCCAAAGGGCCAUCCUGACCCGUUCCACCCCCUCUUACCUGCCCCGGGACAUCUCCACACUGCAACUAGAUGUGAUUGCCGAAUCUUCAGGUCGUCUGCAUCUUACUAUAAAGGACCCUUCAUCUGCACGAUAUGAGGUCCCGUUUGUGACCUCUCAUCCCAGGGGCCACCGUGACACACAAAACCCUCUCUAUGAAGUGGAGUUUCAACCGGACCCCUUUGCUUUUAUUGUUCGCCGCAAGUCAAAUGGGCGUGUUCUUCUGAAUACUACAGUAGGGCCCCUCCUGUUUGCGGAUCAGUAUCUACAGCUCUCCACCUGUCUUGCUUCCUCAUUGAUAUCUGGGCUGGGUGAGCAUUACACCCCCAUAACGCUGGACCUCAACUGGACCUCUGUUUCAUUAUGGAACAGAGACAUGGCGCCCCAUAGAAACGCCAACUUGUAUGGCUCUCAUCCUUUCUUCAUGAUCCAAGAAGGUGAUGGACAGGCGCAUGGAGUCUUUCUUCUCAAUAGCAAUGCAAUGGAGGUGGUGUUACAGCCCUAUCCAGCAUUAACUUGGCUUACCAUUGGAGGGAUUUUGGACUUGUACAUCUUUUUAGGCCCGAGUCCACAGACUGUGGUUCAGCAAUAUCAUGAGAUCAUAGGUUUUCCUGCAAUGCCCCCUUACUGGUCACUGGGGUUCCACCUCUGUCGAUGGGGCUAUACUUCAACCAACAUCACAAGAACUGUGGUACAACUCAUGCGCCAAGCCCAGUUCCCUCUGGACGUACAGUGGAAUGACCUUGAUUAUGCGGAGCAAAGAAGAGUUUUCACUUUUGACCCACAACGGUUUGGGGAUCUGCCCCAAAUGGUUCAUGAGUUCCAUCAGCUGGGCUUGAAGUAUGUGCUUAUAUUGGACCCAGGUAUCAGCAGUACAAGCCCUCCUGGUUCAUACAAACCCUUUGAUGAUGGUCUGAAGAGGGGAGUAUUUAUCACCAACUCCACAGGACAGAUCCUUAUUGGGAAGGUAUGGCCCGGUCCAACUGCAUUCCCAGAUUUCUCGAAUCCUACAACUAUGGACUGGUGGAUGGAUUGUAUCAGACUCUUUUACUACAAGGUUCCUGUGGACGGACUUUGGAUAGAUAUGAAUGAGCCGGCUAAUUUUGUCCAGGGCUCUGUGAAUGGCUGUCCUGAUACAGACUUGGAAAGACCACCCUAUACCCCUGGUGUGAUAGGUGGACAGUUAAACUCAGGAACACUCUGUAUGUCCGCUCGGCAAUAUCUGUCCAGUCAUUACAACCUUCACAAUCUCUAUGGACUCACUGAGGCCAUCGCCACCCACAGGGCUCUGUUAAAAGUCAAGGGCACUCGACCGUUCGUCCUCUCCAGGUCGUCUUUUCCGGGACUGGGUCGUUUCUCUGGACACUGGACAGGAGAUGUGCGGAGUGACUGGGAACAACUGCGCUUUUCCAUACCUGGUGUGCUGCUGUUCGGACUCUACGGCGUGCCGUUGGUGGGUGCUGACGUGUGUGGAUUUGGUGGGGACACCACUGAAGAGCUGUGCGUGCGCUGGACACAACUGGGAGCCUUUUACCCCUUCAUGAGAAACCACAAUGACAGACCCAAUGCCCCGCAGGAGCCUUAUGUUUUUAGUCAGCAAGCCCAAGAUGCCAUGAGGACUGUGCUAUUGCUUCGCUACUCUCUGUUACCCUUCCUCUACACGUUGUUUCACCACGCGCACACCUCCGCCAGCACUGUGGCUCGUCCUCUAUUCCUUGAAUUCCCUGCUGAUCCAAAUUGUCAGACCAUAGACCGGCAAUUCCUGUGGGGAAGUUCGUUGCUUAUCAGUCCGGUUUUGGAACAAGGAGCGGUAGAGGUGUCCGCCUAUCUCCCUUCGGGGACUUGGUACAGUCUGCACAGUGGGAAAGCAUAUAACAGCGAAGGCCAAUAUAUUGUAUUUCCUGCUUCAUUGGACACCAUUAAUGUUCAUGUGAGAGAGGGAAGCAUUAUCCCCCUACAGGCUCCUGCUUUAACUACUACUGAGUCACGCAAAAACCCCUUUAUCCUGCUUGUGGCAUUAUCUGUAGUAACAUGGAGCAAAGGGGAUCUCUUCUGGGAUGAUGGAGAAAGCCUGGAGACCUUUGAACGGGGAGAUUACUCAUAUCUUUACUUUUUUGCUAAAGAGUCUUAUUUGGUAGGUAAGCCAGUAAAAUUAAAUGGAUCUCUUGACCAUUUGGUCCUCGGUGAAGUGCGUGUUUUCGGGGUUCAGACUCCGCCUACAGCUGUAUGGGCCAAUGGGAAAAAAGCUCAUGACUUCUCGUACAACACAGACACAAAGGUUCUUACGGUGCCUGACCUGGACUUACCCAUAACUGCAAUGUUCACAGUACAGUGGAGCUGAGGAACGCAUACAGCAUAAGAUCUGUGCUGUAAUACUACUGUGUAAGAUUAAUCUUUUAGAUAAAUCAUCAGGGGUCAUUGAAUGUUUUAAGCAUCACACCCAGCAAAUGCUGGUAGUUGUUAUGCAAAAGGAUGCACUAGUAACCACCGAUGAUGAAAGAACACCCAGAAAGGAAGAAAUUGUGGAUUUGUGCCAUACCAUGUGCCUUUGGCAAAGAAUGGCAGCUGUCCAAGUACACUGUAUUUGCAGUAUUUUCAUCAAAGAUAAGCUCAUGUAAAUAUUGGAUAUAUUAUUCUUUGUAUUUUUAGCCAUAAAUCAUAUUCUAACAUGAAUUGUUGUGGACUGAGAUGAUCGACUACAGGGGCCUUGAUCAGUAAAUCAAAAUUAAGGAUCAGUACUACACUGUAUCAGUACGGGUUGUGGAGACACUGGUAUCAUUGUAUUUUUCUAAUACAUUGUUUCCCUGCUAUUGCAUUGAAAUGAGACAACGGUUGCAUUGUGUACAUUUUAGUGGCAUCUAGUGGUGAGGUUGCGAAUUGCAUCCAACGACUCAGUCCACUGCUCACCUCUUGCUUUUGCAACACAUAGAAGCUACAGUAGCCGUCACCAGUCAAACAUGUCAUCGUUGGAGACAACUUAGUAAAAAAGUUUGUCCGUUAAGGGCUUCUGUAGAAACAUGGCUGCACAAAAUGGCGAUUUCCAUGUAAGGGGACCCUCUGUGUAUGUAGAUAAAACGUCUCAUUCUAAGGGAAUAAACACAUAACGGUUCAUUAUGAAAGUCUUUAUACACCCCUGAUAAUUUAGUUUUGUAUACUAUUUUGCAUUUCUGUCAAGAGAUCCUUCUAAAAAUCACACACUGCACCUUUAAGUUAAACCCACCCUUUAGUUUCUGAAGAGACCAGCAAUGAUUGAAAUACAUUUUUCCAAACCACAAACAACAUUAAGCCCUAAACCAUAGAAAACUUUAAGAAUGAAUGUUAUGAUGUUAUGUAAUUUGUAAAGCCCAGAUCCCCUGGGGUGGUUUGUAACAGUGUUUUUAAUCUUACUAAGUAUUUACUCAGUAUGCAUUGUUCAUGGUAAUGCUCAUUUGUAAAGUUUAUUUGUGUUGCACUUUUAUAAUGCACAUUAAUUCAAAGCAAAUUUACAGAAAAACAUAUUGUAGGAGCGUAAAAGUAUACAAGUGUAUUUAAACAGACAGAUUAAUGUCGCUCACAGGAGGCAUGUGCAUUUACAAUUAUAAUUGCAAAAAUAUUCUGUGAUUAAUGCUUUAA